UUUCCGAAGAUCGUCCGAAUGUCAGCCGAUAAUAUUUCAGUGCAAUGGAGCUGUUUGUACUUGUUAUUACAACCAAAAAAGAUAUAAACACCAACAUAUUGUAGUUGUAUAAACUAGCCAAAUGUGACAGGCUUUAUAAUGAGGAAGUCCAUUGCUUUCUUCGGAGGUGCUUUGUUUGUUGUAGUGUCUUUAUCUAUAUAUUUAGUCGUGGAUCAAUCGUCAAAAAUACCCAGUUAUGAAAAUAUAAUUGAAGCUCAGGUAAACAGAGAAGUUGUUGUACCAUUAUCACAAAUUGAAAAGGAUAUGGUGUAUUUAGAAGAAAAAAUAAAGAUUUCUGAAAAUGUUGUUAAUCAACUAAAAGAUGACACAUCAAAGCUUAACGAAAACAAACCAACCUCACAUAUUGAAAGAGAAAGUUUGGAAGACACAAUUGAAGAAACUGUUGAUGAUCCUUACAUUACUUUAGAUCCUUUAAAAGAUGAUGGAUGUCAAUUUUCUAUGACACCUUCUGGUCUUUCAUCUGAUGUUAAAAUGCUAAAUGUCUAUGAUCUUUUGCCAUUCGAUAAUCCUGAUGGUGGUGCUUGGAAACAAGGAUGGAAUGUUCAACGUCAAAAUGUUGAGAAGCAUCUAGAUGUUUUUGUUGUCCCCCAUUCUCACAAUGAUCCAGGUUGGAUCAAGACAUUGGAUGUGUAUUAUCACGAUCAAACACAAAGAAUUUUAAACAAUGUUGUUGAUGCUUUGGCUUUGGAUAAACGUAGGAAAUUUAUUUGGGCUGAGAUGUCGUAUUUGUCAAUGUGGUGGGCUGAUGCUGAUGAGAAACGAAAGGAAUUAUUUAAAAAUCUUGUAAAAAAUGGUCAACUUGAAAUUGUCACUGGUGGCUGGGUAAUGAAUGAUGAAGCAAAUACACAUUACUUUGCUAUGAUUGACCAGUUGAUUGAGGGACAACAAUGGUUAAUGGCAAAUAUAGGUGUACGACCACGUGCUGGCUGGGCAAUUGAUCCAUUUGGCCACACACCAACAAUGGCUUAUGUUCUCAAAAGAUCAGGAUUUCAGUCAAUGUUGAUUCAAAGGACACAUUAUGCUGUGAAAAAAUAUCUUGCUAGGAGAAAGAAAUUGGAAUUUAUGUGGAAACAGAAUUGGGACCAUUCCUCAUCAACAGACAUGUUUUGUCACAUGAUGCCUUUUUAUAGUUAUGAUAUACCUCAUACAUGUGGACCUGAGCCUGCAAUUUGCUGUCAGUUUGAUUUUCGUCGUCUACCAGGUGGAGGUAUCCAUUGUCCAUGGCAUAUUUCACCAUCAAGAAUAGAUGAUGGUAAUGUUAAAGAAAGAGCUCUAAAGCUACUGGAUCAAUAUCGAAAGAAGGCUACUCUUUAUCGAAAUAAUGUUGUAUUGAUACCGUUGGGAGAUGAUUUCAGAUAUGAAGUGAAAUUUGAAAGCAUUGAACAGUUUAAAAAUUAUCAGAAAUUGUUUGAUUACAUGAAUUCCCAUCCUGAGUUAAAAGUCAAGGCACAGUUUGGUACUUUAUCUGAUUAUUUUAACAAAAUAUGGGAAAAAACAGGGGUGAAUCCUGGAGCUCAGCCUCCUCAUUAUCCAACUUUGGGUGGUGACUUCUUUACAUAUGCCGACAGAGAUGAUCAUUACUGGAGUGGAUAUUACACCAGUCGACCAUUUUACAAGAACUUAGAUCGUGUCCUUGAGUCCCGGCUCAGAGCUGCUGAAAUUAUAUUUUAUCUCGCUUAUUGUCAUGCUCAUAAUAAAAAUGCAAAGCUAUUUCCAUCAAAUGAUUUAUUUCACCUGUUGAUGCAGGCUAGGAGAAAUUUAGGAUUAUUUCAACAUCACGAUGGAAUUACUGGUACUGCAAAGGAUCAUGUUGUUGUGGACUAUGGCUUUAGGUUACAUCGUUCUUUACAAGACACUGCCCAUAUCAUAGAAGAAUGUUCUUAUUUCUUACUUCAUAAAUCAAGCAAAGAUUAUGAACGAGACGAUAAAUCAAUGAUUAUGGUUCAAUAUGAUGAAGAAAGAAAAGGACACGAUGCUUUCCCUAGAAAGAAAAUACUUAGCAUGACGAGUGCGAAACCAAGGCAUGUUACGUUUUACAAUUCUUUACAAGAUUAUCGUGUGGAAGUUGUCAGUGUUCAUGUUUCAACUCCAUCAAUAACGGUUUUCAACUCGUCUGGCAGUCCAAUUGCAUUUCAAGUCAGUCCCGUUUUUAAUGAAGAUUUUAAUCCAGUUCCAGAUCAUUAUAAAGUACAUUUUGUAGUAAGUGUACCACCUCUAGGCUUGGCAACAUUCAUCAUUAAAGAAACAUCAAACAUUGGUCAUCUUAGUUCCGUAGAUCUUUAUCAUUUUUAUGGUGAUGUCCCACUCAAUGAAAAAUUCAAAGUUGUUCGGAAAGAUUGGAAUUUUGGUGAUAUAGUUUUAGAAAACGAUAAACUGCACAUAACGUUUGAAAGCCAUCAUGGAAUGAUGUCGAAACUAGCGACUGUACAAGAUGGCAAAAGUUUAGAUAUUUUACUGUCAUUUAUGACGUACGGCACUACUCAUGGUCAAGAUAAAAGUGGAGCUUACUUGUUUUUACCUGAUGGACCUGCACAGCCAUUAAAUAUUGAAUCAGACUCAAAGAUUAUAGUUCUUAAAGGGAAAAUCUUCAGUGAACUCAGAACCAAUUUACCAUUGGUUCGGCAUACUGUCAGAAUCUAUAACAUUCCUGGUCCUGAAGGUUUAAUGGUGGAGAUUGAAAAUACUGCAGACAUUAGAGGGGAAUUUAAUAAAGAACUUUCGAUGCGAUUUACGACAAAUAUUCAAAACAACAACGAUGUUUACACAGAUCUUAAUGGUUUUCAGAUGCAGCUUCAUAAAACAUUAACAAAACUUCCGUUACAAGCUAAUUUUUACCCCAUGCCAAACUCGGCUAUCAUUCAAGACAAGAAAAAUCGAUUUACACUUCACUCGGCCCAGUCCAAUGGAGUUGCUAGUCUUCAACAAGGAUCUCUAGAGGUGAUCCUCGAUCGCAGAUUAUCGCAGGAUGAUAAUCGUGGCCUUGGACAGGGUGUUUUGGAUAACAAGCGAACGCCAGCAAAUUUUCGAGUUUUCAUUGAGAAGUUUCAAGGCGAACGAGAUGUAAAUUUAUUGAAAGACGUUCCUAUAGUAUAUCAUUCUUUAGCCAGUCAUACUAUUUCACAACAUUUAUCUCAUCCUUUGUCAACUCUUCAUCACGUUAAUACGCAGUCAAAAACUCUUCUACCUUUUGUCUCAGGCCUGACUAAACCUUUCCCCUGUGACAUAUUCUUACUCAACUUGAGAACCAUACAAAAUGGGCUGAAACCCGAGCCCACGAAUGAAGCUGCUUUAAUGUUGCGUCGCCAUGGUUACGAUUGCUCUUUUCCAAAUUGGUGUAAACCGUCUGCGGGAAAGAUAUCAUUUGCAAAUAUGUUUAAAGGCUUGAAACUUGCUCAUGUACAAAAGACGUCGCUCACUUUAAUGCAUGAUGGGAAGGUAUUGUCUACUGACGCAACACUUAAACUUCAUCCAAUGGAAAUAUAUGCGUAUAAAGUAAGACUGUAGUGGGAUAUGAAAAUAUAUUUACAGUUACUUGCUCGUUCAGCUGUUAAAAUGCUGUAUGAGAGGAGGCUUACGAGGUAGAGUGAAACCACAGAAUCACAGAAUUAAUAUUUUGUUUCGGCGUAAUCGUCGUAAAGAUUUUUGUCCGUUGCAGUCUUCAAAACACUUACAAUGUGUCUUCAAUAAUUGUCACAUGUUAAAACAUGAUUUGGGCAUUUCAAGUUUUUCAAGUAAAGCAAAUGUGAUGUAUUAUUAAACAUGUGAUGGUCUUGAAUUUCAUUAAUGUAACAUGAGAAUUUCAUGUUAUUACCUUUGUUGCGAAGCAGCAGCAUGCAUAUUGUAAAAAUAUUUUAUUAUCGUUGGUAAUUUAAAAAAGUUCAAGGUGUCAUCGCUUUUUUAUUAAAGACAACGAUCAAUCACAAAUAUAGGAUGAAGUCGUUGUAGGUUUGUCAUUUAAA